GUUAUAAAGAUUUAGAUCUAGAGAUAUAUAAUAACUUUGUUUACAGGCUUGAUAAAAAGGUGCCUCCUACCUACUACUAUAGUGCGUAGAGAGAGAUACUCACAAGUGUAUGGCCAGGCUCACAAGCCGAAAUAAUGAAAAAUCUCCAAAUAAAUUCGAGCACAAUCAUAUUCCGGAUAUUGCUCAAACUGAGUCACAAAAAAUUGCUAACGAAAUUAAGCAUAAAGCGAAAACAACUAUCGAUACUCCCAGUAUGAUUAUCUCGGAGAUAUCGGCAAAUCUAGAUGAAUCCAUCGAAAUGAAGAUUCCUAACUCCAGCCUUAUUAAAAGGAUAAUACACCGUACAAGAAGCUCUCACAAUCAUCCACCACCGUGCCCAACUUCUUUGGCCGAAUUAAUUUUACCCUACGAAUAUACUAUUACCGAGAAAGGCGAGAAUUUUAUCAUUCAUGAUGAUGAGGAUAAACGAGCGACUUUUAAUAUUCUCCACUGAUGGAAAUCUUGAAUUUCUCUCCUCAUGUGCGAUGUGGUUCGCCGAUGGUACUUUUAAAUGUACACCUCCUCUUUUUCAUCAACUUUAUAG